AACAACUCAGUCAAACGGCCAAGCCUAGUUCCUCGUUUGUUGUGCUAGACUGUAGAACUGUAGUGUAGUUGUAGUGUUGGAAGGAAGCUUCUAGCCGUUAUGGCAUCAACGUCCUUGCUACAAUAUCUUCUUCAGUGUUAGUGAAGUGCAACUAUUAUGAUGAAUCACAAGGAUAAAGACGAUUUAACAGGUGUGAAGGUUGUUAUAGCUCCAUCGAUUGUGGACGCCCUAUCGAAAACCAAACUUCACUGUUUACCACUCAGUUUACAAGUGACAACGACCGAGCUAUGAAAGUGGGCGUGUUUCGUUAAUGAAGUGCUUCGUGAGUAACAGUGUGCAUUUACCUCCUCAAAAAUUGAUUAAAUUUGAGAAGCCACGUUGAAUGAGUGUAGCCUUAGCUUCCAUGAAAUGGAAACUGUCAGAAUAAACUUGUGUUGACUCACGCUUCGAUACGUCAGUGCCUGUGUCUUUAUCAGUAGGAGUCCCCAUAUCCCAUAAUAUUAACAACAGUGUACAGCGCGGGCAAUACUGUCUCUUAUCUGUUAUCUAAGUAGUAAGUUAUGAUCUCAUUUUAAACUCAAUCUUUUCCAGUUUUUAACAAAAUCAAAAGUUAUCAGUGUCAUAUUAGUUAGGUUGGAGACUAGGUACUGAAGAAGUUUUCCUGUUAUUUUGGGCUCACUGAUCAUUCUCUAUUAAUCCCUGCAGUACAACUCUUCUCCAGUUAUUAUGUUUGAGAAGCAAAUCCAAGUUGGGCUACAUAAAUUUAAUUACCGACCUAGGUAGGUACUGAUACGAUGGAUAAUUUUAUGCGAAUUUACUGACAAUUUUUCAAAAAUAUCAAGUUACAAUAAAGUAACUUACUGCUUUUGUAAUAUUAUUUGAGAAAAUAGUGCUUCUAAACCUUGAAACAUAACGUGUGGAAAUUUUUAUUGGAAACCCCGAACAUUCCCAAAUAUGCUCUCAGUUAUAAAUUGUAACUCAUUGCGUAAUUUAAGUACCAUACAUCUAGAGAAGAUGAAAAACUCUGUUACAUUUAUGUACCGUACAUGAGAAAUAAGGUUGAAAGGGAUCAUUGACCCUGAUGAUAACAUAUUAUUCCUCCAGUAAUAGGUAUACGGUAUCGUACUGAAUGCUUUGCUUUGACAGAACUUAAACUGUUGUACGGUAAGAUCAAACUUCUCGCUAACAACUCGACGUUCGAGCGUUUCUCACAAAGAUGAAUAGCAACACGUGUAUUCCCAUCUCAAGAUUCCCCACAAAGAUAAAAUGCUCUUUCCUGUUGUUUUGCAUUUUAUCCCUCUCAAUAGACGCUCAAUUUACAAAUGACGAAGACCGUGUGAUCAGAAACAAUCCAUUCGGUCCUCCUCCUUCACAACCUCCCAACUACAAUGUGCCUAUCAGACAGGACGGCUUCUACGAUCCUCAAAAUCCCACUUACAACUCUAACAACUAUGGAGUUCCUGGUGAUCCACGUUUCAGAGGAUCUUUCACAAACAAUGGCAACUUUCGCAACUAUGGACAGCCUGGGUUAGGUGCUAGUGGUGCCUACAUUCCACAAAAUUACGAUCCUACGAAACUGAACCAACUCAACCCAGGCCAAAAUAUACCACUUCCGGGAUUGGAAAACCAGCAGUUCCGACUUCCGGACGGCGUGCGCCUGCCGGGUGUGCUGGGCGGGUGGCGACCCGACCUGCAGGGCAAGCAGCGGCCAGACUCACUGCUGCUCGACAAGGAUGUCUACGUCAAAACCCCCGUCGGCCAGGUGCAGGGCUUCAAGGUCUACCUGUACGACGACCCCAACCCCAGGUCGUCCUACCGGCCGGGUCGCACCCCUGUCGACCGCAUCAUGGGCAACGUAUCUGUCUUUCUCGGCAUUCCCUAUGCGCUGCCUCCGCUGCCAAAGAUCGCUCGUUUCAAGCCUCCCAGACCUCACCCGGGUUGGCAACAGCUGCAGGCGGUUGACUUUGGCCCGGCCUGUCCGCAACCCAACGACUACACGGGAGCCACCAAAGGCAUCCGCGAUGUGCACGAAGACUGCUUGUAUCUCAACAUUUAUUCUCCCAAUACGAAAGGUGGGCUGGCCCAGCUAUAUCCAGUCAUGUUCUACAUUCAUGGAGGAGAUUUCUACCACGGGGCCUCUAAUCUGUUCCCAGGACAUGUGUUAGCUGCCUUCUAUGAUGUGGUUGUAGUUACAAUCAACUAUCGACUUGGUGUUUUUGGUUUUCUGAGCACAGGUGAUGUGAAUUCGCCAGGCAACUACGGAAUACUUGAUCAAGCAAUGGCGCUGCGAUGGGUUUACGAGAAUAUCGGCUCAUUCAACGGCGACAGAGAGUCGAUCACUCUGUUCGGGCCCGGGGCGGGGGCCGCAUCUGCCGGCCUCUUGAUGGUCAACCCCAGGACUCGGUCAUAUGUCAAGCGUGUCAUAGCACAGAGUGGCUCAGCACUGGCUGACUGGGCAAUGACCAUGGACAAGUACAGAGCUCAAAAUACGAGCAGAGAGUUUGCUCAGCAUGUUGGCUGUAGCAUCGACAAUACUUACAAGAUGGUCGACUGCUUGGCAGGGAGGGGCCAAUACGAACUUGCUAACGCUCAAUUCACGGAGAAGCUCGGUUUGAUACCGUGGGGACCCGUGUACGAUCACAACUUUACGGUGCCUCGUGACGGCUGGUUCGAGGGCUGGAAUGCGAAGGACUGGCGCUUCGCCAUCGCACCUCCCGAGGAGCAGAUACGGCGAGCCGAGUUCAAUGGCGGCCUCUCCUACAUGACCGGUGUCACCACUCAGGAGGCUGCGCCCUAUGUUUAUAAUAAUGCCUCAUUGGGUCCGUACUACGAGCUGGAUGAAAAAUUUCUGGAUGAACAACUUCAAGCAUUGAUCCUUCGCUACAAUUACACGUUGAAUCGUGAUGGCGUUUUCAGAGCCAUCAAGUAUAUGUAUACUUAUUGGCCGGACCCCUACAAUAAAACUCAAAUUAGACAGCAGUUUAUUGAUCUGUUAUCUGACUUUCUUUAUCGAGCACCGACUGACAAAAUAGUGAAACUGCUGGUGGAGCAAGGUGUGCCCGUGUACAUGUAUGUCAUGAAUACAACAGUCGAGUCGCUGCACCUUCCCGAAUGGAGGAAAUACCCGCACAACAUUGAGCAUCUUUUCUUGACGGGAGCACCAUUCAUGGAUGUUGAAUUCUUCCCUUCAAAACUGGCUUUGCAAAGAACAAUGUGGACUGAGAAUGAUCGAAAUAUAAGUCAUUUUUUCAUGAAAGCGUAUUCCAAUUUCGCUAGAUUUGGGAAUCCAACGCACACUGAGAUUCUUGGACUACACUUUGAUGUAGCUCGCAAUGGUAUUCUCAAAUAUUUGAACUUGAAUACGACAUUCAACUCGACGAUUGAAAUGAAUUACCGACAGAAAGAAUGUGCAUUCUGGACUAUGUAUUUGCCAUCUGUAAUAGGAAUUCUUAUUCCCACAUAUCCUCCUACAACUGAAUUUUGGUGGGAGCCGAGAGAGCCUUUACAAAUCGCUUUCUGGUCGAUGUCAGGAAUGUGCAUGUUUCUGAUCGUGGUUGUAGUCAUCUGCUGCAUCUUAUGGCGCAACGCCGAAAGGAGAAUUUUGCGUUAUUAAUGUUUCAGAAAGUCGGACUACUACAGCAGCGACGUUCUCAUGAUGCGUGACGAGCCUGAGCACAUGGACGGCAUUGAGAACAGGACACAGCACAACAGCAGAAGCAUAGGCAACAUCUACGAGUAUCGCGACGCGCCCGCCAUGAAAACGCCCCAGCUGUCGAGUGAACCGCGUCGCGCGAUAUCCAGCCAGUCGCUGCGUUCGAACAGCGCCACGUCGCUCAAGGAUGUCGUCUCCAACAGCCCGAUGGGCGAGCCGCGACGUCUGAGGACGCCUCCGCCCGCCUCCAAGAGGCCGCAAAGGACGGCGCCGCCUCAGCAGAAGAGUGACGUGCCUCAGACCGAAGUCUAAUCAAAAUAGUGUUCACUGCCUCCCAACAAAAAAUUACUCAACUAUCUCCUAGAAUACAAACUCCAGUUUCAUUUUAUUUGUACAUGUAAGCUUUUAUAAG